AUGAGUUCAUGUGAUGAAUCCUCAACAUCUUCCGAAAUAGAUGAGCAUUCUGAUACAGAAGACAGUAGUAUUCUAGAUCCAAAUUUAAACAGUGAAGGAAAAUCUCAAAAUAAAUCCGAAAUCUCUCUAAAUAUUAAAUUUAAAUCAAAUUAUAAAGAAGAAUUGCUUAAUUUACCACAUAUAAGAGAUGAGUGGUAUAAUGAAAAGUAUGCUAAUGUAUCAAUUCCUCAAUUGGAAACUCUUGGAACAAUUGUUUACAUGAUAUCUAGUAGAAAUCAAAUAGUACAGCAAACAGAAUCUCUACACAACAAAAAAUUAAUUAUGGCAUGGUCUAAUAUCAAGAAUAUGAGUGAUACAGAAUUUCCAGGAAUAAUUCAGAAAUUUUUCAAAGCCGGCUACAAAAUAAGAAACUACAAACCAACAUUUUAUUCAAUGCUCAAUCCUACAGCAAAUUCAGUCUCCUAUUUACAACAAUUUCGCCAUGAUUAUCCUACAGGACGAGCUGUCUUUCAUUAUGUCGGUUGUGGCUUUCCUCCAAUAAGUAAUGAAGGUUUAUUCAUCAGAUCAGAGCUCGGAGAGACCAAAAAAUUGAUAUCAUUUUAUGAUCUUUUUUCUCAACUGAAAACUCCUUCAUUUUUCAUCUUCGACUGUGAAAAUGCAGGAUUAGUAAUUGAUUGCUUCAAGAACGUUGAAGAUAAGCUCAAAGGAACCGUUCAUAGCGCUUCAAAUUGGUUUUGUUUAUGCGCAACUUCAAAAAAUGAGAAGAUUCCAUUUGAUUCUUUCAUUCCUCAAGACUUUUUAUCAACUGUUCUUCUUUCUCCUGUUCCUAUUGCUAUAUUAAGCCAUAUUUUGAAGCAUUACAACACAACUUUUAAACAAUCUCCAUUAGAUUUCAUCCAAAAACUUGUCAAAGAGAAGGAUAAUGAUCUACAGAACAUAAUAGAGAAUGUUGCUGAAGCAGUAAGUGCCGAUUUCCUUCCACAAAGUAUGUUUUCGACUUUGUUUAGAAGAGAAAUUUUCGUAAGAACAAUGUUUCGUCGUUUUAUCAUCGCGCAGUUCUUAUUAGUUAACUACGCUGUCACACCCGUAUCCUAUCCUUACUUGCCUGCUAUGUAUAACCAUAACCUUUGGCAAACAUGGGAAGCACAAGUAGAUAUGUGGUUAUCAAAAACUUUGAAUGUGUCACCUUUUUCAUUUGUCACUUUUUUCGCAUCAUUUUCGAAAUCGUUACAAUCGAAGAUAAAUUAUUCUUUGAGUUCAAACAAAGUGGAAAAGUCUCUUUUGGAUGCUUCCCUUUGUCAAACUGAAAAAGGUGAAUCAUUUGUAACGAUAAGUCAAUAUUUAUGCUUGGAUAAGGAGAAUAGAACAACUGUUUCCAUGUUAAUACCAUUCCAAGAAUGGUUUGAAGCUUUUUUGAUUAUGCCAAAAAAAAUUUCGAAAUCCGAAAUUUCGGUUGAAGAAUUUCAUUCAUUUCUUUUCAUUAUUUUAACUUGUUUGCAUACUUCUAUUAAUGUUUUAACAGGAAUUGGCUGGAAAAACGACUUAUCAAAUUUAAUUAAUUUAACUGUUGACAAUAAGUAUCCAGAACAGACCAGAUCUCUUUGUUGUUGCGUGGUUUCAUCAUUGUUCAGCCAUUUUAGGUUCGCAAGGCAAGUUGUAAAAGAAAAAAAGAUUAUUCAGAAAAUAGAAAGCUGUUUAUUGGCAAGUUCACCUAUUAUGACUUUGUGGCUCCUUCUGAUGAUAAAGAGAGCGUUUUCUUUCCUUUCUUUGAACAAAUCAAAUCCGAAAUUUCAAUUUAUUGUCAAUGAACUGACAAAAAGUGCAUCUGAAGAAGUAAGAAGUGCUGCAGUAUCUUGUUUGGCUUUGUUUUGUGAUGAAAGGAACUUAUUACCAAUUUAUUCUUCAAUUUAUUGUUUGUUUGACUGUUCUUAUCUAGUAAGAAUGCAAUACUUGCUUCUCGCAAUAAGAGCAACUGCUUCUUUUCCACAAAAAACUUUUAAUUUUGAUCAAAAAAUUGAAUUUAAUAAUUUUAAGGAUAUCGAGAAAUAUUUCUUGAAAAUGGAUGAAAUUGAUGAUGUUUAUGAAAUUUCUUCGAAAAUUGAAAACAAAAAAAUUCAAUUAGAUUUUAUUCCUUUCAUUAUUGAAUAUUUCUGCAAGGAUCCUGAUAAAAGAGUUUCUGGUCUUGCAAAAACAACAAAAGAACAGUUUAUUUCUGGUACAGAAAAAAUUGCGAUUCCAUUUGGAAUCAAAGAAGGGGAAGUUGAUGAUUUUACAAUUGUGGAGUUGGAAAAGAACAUUGAUAAGUAUAAGAUUCCCUCAGAUUCAUUCAAUCUUUUCAAAUCUGCAACUGAACAGUUAAUUUCAGGUAAAAUGUGGAAAAUCAUUGAACCAGAAGCAGAUAUUGAACAAAAAGAAAGCGAUCCUGUGUUUAUUUUAACAACAGGAACCUUUGUUCAAGUUGCUCAUUCAACAUUACAAGGAAAAGUUCCUGUUAAGCUCUGUUAUUUCAAGGACAAUAUCUGUGUUGGCUGUAGUGAUGGUUCUGUCCAGAUUCUUGGUGAUGACCAUGAAAUUAAAUCUAAUUUUGUUGCUACGAAUAAUUCGUUAAUAACUGAUAUGGUUUGUGUUGAUGAUUCAUUAGUUGUAUGUUCAUCUGAUGGAUCUGUUUCUGUUUGGCCGGAAAAUGCAAAGAAAAAACCAUUUUACAAAUUUAGAGCUUCUGGAAACUAUUUAAAUGAUGAUCCUCUUUAUUGUUCGAAUAAUAAGUUUAAGCGAAAUAGCAUAGCAACAUGUAGAGGAACAGAAAUCUGUUUUUGGGACUUAAUCAAAUUGAAAUUGACAAAUGAGUUUUCAUUUAAUGAAAAAUCUUCUGCAAUCAAUUAUUCAUUUAAUUCUGAGAAUAUUCUGUAUGUUGGGGGCUCAAAUGGAACGAUUUCGACGUUUGAUAUCAGAAGUGGAUUAAUUUCUUCAAUUAAAAUGGAAUCUGAAGUUAUAAAUAUAUCUACAGCUAUAGGUGAGAGUGAUGUGUAUUACACAGCACAUUCUAAUGGCCAGAUGUUUAGAAUUGGAGUUACAUCUGGAAAAUUUGAAGAAAUUUCUGGAGGAAAAGGUCCAUUAAAUGAUUUUUCAUUACAUCCAUCGAACAAAAUUAUGGCAUCUUGUCCAAUUGACUCAGAACCAUUUGUUUUCAGUACAAAAGGACAAAUGAUGUAUAGAAUGCCUGUAAUGCAGAAUUCUGUCAUUGCUGCCAUGCAUCAGAAGACACCAAUCAUGACAUUUGCAAACAAACAAGGAGAAAUUCACAGCUUCCAAAUGAUUUAA